UAAAAACCCUAAAAAGAAUUUGAAAACCCUUUGGAAAUUGGAAUCGUAGGUGCAAAAUGGGGAACCGUUGCAUUGACGAUGAUAUACUCACCAUCCUGUGGACGCCGGAGCAACUCUUUCAGAAAGUCUGCGAAUUGGCUUCUCAAAUCACUUAUGAUUUCUCUACUCCAAACUCUUCUCCACCGGUGGUCGUCGGCGUUGCAACCGGUGCCUUCCUCUUCCUUGCCGACCUCGUCCGCAACAUCAGAUUGCCCGUCACCGUCGAUUUUGUUCGUGCUGAAUCGUAUGGCUCCGGAACUACUGCCGCCGGUGCUCCCAAGAUUUCAUGUGAUCUGAAACUUGAUGUUGCCGGAAAACAUAUCAUUCUGGGAGGUUGGGAUCUACCAGUAACCGAGGUUGAGGACAUUGUAGAUACAGGAAACACUGUUUCCUGUCUCAUUUCUUACUUGGAAGGUAAAGGGGCGACCUCCGUUUCUGUGUGCACUCUCCUUGACAAGCCAGCAAGAAGAAAGGUUCAUUUUAAGCUCUUGGGUGACGGCAAGUUCUAUAGUGGUUUUGAGUGCCCGGACUCGUUCGUGGUGGGGUAUGGACUGGAUUUCAACGAACGGUAUAGGAACUUGCCUUACAUUGGAGUCUUGAAGCCUGAAAUGUAUGAGUGAACAAAUAUUUAAGGAGUGAUUAAUUUUCUGAACAUCUUACUUGGUUAUUUAUUGUAAAUAAAAUCAUUCCUAUGAAGAUGUAAUGCAAAAAAACCCCUUCAGAUUUGGCAUCUCUUGUCAAAAA